AUGUGGCUGAGUCUGAAGCCUCUCAACUGGGAAUCCGCGGCGGCGUUUGCUGAAAUUGGGGCGGGUGGUGGUGUGAUCAAUCAUCCGUCGAAUACGCUCCCGGGGGCAUACAUGUGGUUAGACGACGGAGAAUGUGAGGAUCAUUUGGAUGUCGGCCAUUUCACUGCGCGUCCCGCACCGUCCCAAGUGGCAUUCAAUAUGGCAACUCGACAAGAGAAUCACUUGGAUGUUUGCGACAAGGGAGACGUCUCCAUGGCAUGGCAACUCAAGGAGACAUGA